AUGAAACAACAAGACGAGAAAGUGGUUACGGAGGCUGCCCUGGCCAAAUCGGGGCACAAACUUCUUGGGCCGGUUCGUGCAGGGGGUUCGCGCACAGCCUCGCUUGGCAGACCUACAUAUUCGUUGUUGCACUUCCACAGAAGCGUUUUGGUUCAUUCUCCCGCAUACUCCCUCACCAUGCCAGGUGGUGAUGAGAGCAGCCACAUACCCUCCAUUGUUACUACAGACCUCACAUCCGAUGCCCCCCAAGGCGUAAACUCUACCCAGCAGCCCAACGCAGGCCUGCUGUCACCAACCAGCCCGACUAACGCCUAUGGUCCACCCUCACCUGCACCCUCAGACCAGAGCUCUAUUCCACCUUCCCCUACUGUAUCCAAUCACUCUGGCGCUUUCCCCUCGUCCUUAGCUCUGCGCGACAACAAACCCGAGGAGAAAGAUGGGCUCUCCUCCCUUGGUCUCCUAGGCGCGGGGGGGUUAACACAUCAUAGGAAAAGCAGUGUCGCCACGUCCAUGACACAUGUAGAAGGCGAUUUGAGCGAGAAGAAAGGCGCCGACGCUACAGAAGAGAAGGAGGACAAGGAAGAGGACAAGAAGAAGAAAAAGAAGAAGGGGAAGAAGGGUGACUUGGAUGAGGAGGCUCAGACGACGCAUCAGCUCGAGCUCGCUCAGGACGCGGCCAUCGACCCUGCUCCUUUCACCGUCAAACCAUAUCAACUCGCUCACAUGCUCGAUCCCAAAAAUCUCGACACGCUGAGGUCGCUAGGUGGUACUGAAGGUCUUAUUUGUGCUUUGGGCACGGAUACCGACCGUGGUCUUGCGUCCAAAUCUGACGCGUCGCAUGAGAAGGGAGCUGGUCAUGGUGCGUCGCAUAGGCACGACUCAGAAAAGGAGGGCGAGAAGGUGCCCGAUAUUGUCUUGACAGCUCCGAGUGGCAACCUGUCGACUCCUCCGUCAGAGAGCGGCAUGCCGGUUGUCGCCACUAUGGAGGACAGGAAACGCGUUUUCGGCGAGAAUGUUCUGCCCACACGCAUUAGCAAAACACUGCUUCAGCUCAUGUGGUUAGCAAUGAAAGACAAAGUUCUGAUCUUGCUUUCCAUCGCCGCCGUCAUUUCUUUGGCUCUCGGUUUCUUCCAAGACUUCGGUACCCCUCGCGAGGAUGGUGAACCCCCCGUAGAUUGGGUCGAGGGUGUUGCGAUUAUUAUCGCCAUCUCGAUUGUUGUUAUUGUUGGUUCUUUGAACGAUUGGCAAAAGGAGCGUCAAUUUAAAGCCCUCAACGAGAGGAAGGAAGAGCGUGGCGUCAAGGUUAUUCGUGAUGGUGUCGAGAAAGUCAUCGACAUCAAGGAAGUCGUCGUUGGCGAUAUCGCACUCUUGGAACCUGGUGAAAUCGUCCCAUGUGACGGCGUGUUCAUUUCCGGCCACAACGUGAAGUGCGACGAAUCCGGAGCCACUGGAGAGUCCGAUGCCAUCAAGAAAGCGACGUACGACGAGGUUCUAGAAAUACACCGCAAGGCUCUCGCGAAUGAGAAGGAUCCCAACGCCGGUCACACCGAUUGCUUCAUGAUCUCCGGUUCUAAAGUUUUGGAAGGUGUGGGUAGAUAUGUCGUCGUGGCUGUGGGUACUAAGAGCUUCAACGGCCGCAUCAUGAUGGCACUUCGCGGUGACACGGAGAACACACCACUCCAGCUAAAGUUGAACCGUCUUGCCGAACUGAUCGCAAAGAUUGGUGCUGCUGCUGGUCUUGCACUCUUCGUCUCCUUGAUGAUCAGGUUUUUCGUUCAACUUGGCCAAGGCAACCCUCCUCGUAACGCGAAUGAAAAUGGUAUCGCUUUCGUCAACAUUUUAAUCAUUGCUGUGACCCUGGUGGUCGUGGCCGUUCCCGAAGGUCUCCCACUUGCGGUCACGCUCGCGCUGGCCUUUGCCACGAAGCGGAUGACGUAUGAGAAUCUUCUCGUUCGCGUGCUGGGCUCCUGUGAAACUAUGGCGAACGCGUCGGUCAUUUGCACGGACAAGACCGGUACUUUGACACAGAACUCCAUGACGGUUGUCGCAGGUUCCAUUGGUAUCCAUGCCAAGUUCGUCCGUCAGCUCGAUGAGAACGCUGCUCGAACCAACGCCGACGAGACCGAGAAAUCAGCAGAGGGUGGCACCACACGCAAACACUACCAGGAUUUCUCCAUUGACCAGGCUCAUCUUAACACCACGCUUUCGCCCGAGAUCCAGGAGCUCUUCAACGAGGCUAUCGCGGUUAACUCAACUGCUUUCCAGGACGUCGAUGCCGAGUCCGGCGAAGUAAUUUUCGUCGGCAGCAAGACGGAGACUGCCCUGCUUCAGUUUGCCAAGGAGCUCAAGUGGCGGGACUUCAAGGAGACGCGCGACGCGGCCGACGUUGUCCAGAUGAUCCCCUUCUCGAGCGAACGCAAGUCUAUGGGUGUCGUCGUCCGGAAGCCGUCAGGUGGUUACCGCGCGUACUUCAAAGGUGCCAGCGAAAUUCUCGCGAAGAAGUCGACCUCCCACAUCGUCGUGCAUCAGGACGGCAAAUAUCCCACCGGUGGUGUCGAGACCAAGCCGAUUGACGAAAUAGCGCAGGACAAUAUCAGCCGGACUAUCAUCUUCUAUGCGAACCAGACUCUCCGUACCAUCUCCCUGUGCUACCGUGAUUUCGAAUCGUGGCCUCCUCGGGGCAUGUCUCGCGACGAGAAUGGCGACGUUCCCUUCGAAGACCUGUCCAAGGACUUAACCCUAAUUGGUAUCACCGGCAUUGAGGACCCACUGCGCGACGGUGUUCGCGAGGCUGUCGCCAAGUGUCAUCGGGCCGGCGUUACCGUCAAGAUGUGCACAGGCGACAACGUUCUCACUGCUCGCUCAAUCGCUACCCAGUGCGGCAUCUUUACACCUGGUGGUAUCAUCAUGGAAGGCCCCGUUUUCCGUCAGCUCAGCCAAACUGAGAUGAUUGAGAUCGUCCCUCGCCUUCAAGUCCUUGCCCGCUCAUCACCGGAAGACAAGAAGAUUCUCGUCUCGACUCUCAAGAUGAUUGGUGAGAUCGUCGGUGUUACCGGCGAUGGUACGAACGACGGCCCGGCCCUGAAGACUGCAAACGUUGGUUUCUCAAUGGGUAUUGCUGGUACCGAGGUCGCCAAAGAGGCGUCAGACAUCAUCCUCAUGGACGACAACUUUUCAUCGAUUGUGAAGGCUAUCAUGUGGGGCCGUUGUGUCAACGAUGCAGUGCGCAAGUUCUUGCAGUUCCAGAUCUCAACGAACGUUACUGCUGUUGUUAUCACCUUCGUCACCGCCGUCGCGUCUGAAGAAGAGACCUCGGUGCUCUCUGCCGUCCAGCUCCUUUGGAUCAACAUCAUCAUGGACACGUUCGCCGCUCUUGCCCUCGCCACGGACCCUGCCACCGAGAAGCUCCUGGACCGUAAGCCCGACAAGAAGACCUCGCCGUUGUUCAGCGUCGAGAUGUACAAGAUGAUUUUGAUGCAGUCUAUCUAUCAGAUUACGAUCAUCUUCAUCUUCCAUUUCCUUGGCCUCAGGAUUCUCAACCUCGAGCACAACGAGCAGAACGAAAAGGUCGUCAAGACACUUGUCUUCAAUGCUUUCGUCUUUGCCCAGAUUUUCAACUCCGUCAACUGCAGGCGUCUCGACAGCAAGCUCAACAUCUUUGAAGGCAUCCUCCGCAAUCGUUACUUCAUCGGCAUCACGCUCCUUGAAAUCGUCAUCCAGGUCGUGAUUGUAUUCGUUGGCGGUGCUGCCUUCCAGGUCACUCGCAUUGGCGGACGUGAAUGGGGCAUCUCCCUUGCUCUUGGUGUUGUUUCGAUCCCUUGGGGUGCUAUCAUUCGAUGCAUCCCUACUACCCCUUACGAGAAGCUCUUCAAGUUCAUCCACCUUGUUGGUGAGCCCGAGAUCCUCCCCACUGUCAAGCCCGACAAAGAGGGAUGGGGUGGUGCCAUUUCCAUGGUCCGAGACAACCUCAGCACGUUCGCGAAUAUCCGUGGUGGUCGUCUCAGGUCUUCUUCUUUCGUUCUCAAGAGCCGGUCUGCCCGCUUGAGCGCGGAUGAUCAAAUGAGAAUAUCGUCCGUUUUGACUAUGGCACCAACCCUCAUCAUCGGAGCUGUUGUUGCUGGACAAGCCUACCUCCAAGCUGGGUCACUCUCAGACCCAGGCAAUGCAGAUCCCUCAAAAUCCUCUGCUGCCCUGUGGGAAGGCAAACUACAAAUACACCCAGACACGUCCAAAGACGACCCUGUAUAUAAACAGUUCGGCGGUAAAGAAAACAGCACAUAA